AUGAGUGAUGUGGUGCACCGUUUUCUUGCAGGCCAUCAAUGGCCACUUCGCUUCUUCAUUCUAUUCUUGCUUGCCUUAUCCCCUGCAGUUUUCGGUCAAUUGCGAGGGGGAGAAGAGGUAAACCAGAGACUCAGCACAGUGACACCUACAAACAGCUCUGCCUCUACUUCCCUGAAACCUUCUCCGACGGCCAAUUUAAGGGCUAGAGCUGCACAUGAGCCUGCAGAGGUCUGGGCGCCCCUUGCCCCAGAGAGCAUGGGUGGUAGGGGGGCCCUCCGGGCUCAGUCAGGAAACCGUUCCGAGCCUUCACAGCCAAAUGAGUCUCAAAAUAUGCAGUCAACACCCCCUGAAGGCCCCACAACAGGGCCUGCAGUAGUGCUGCCGUCCAGCGGCCUCCAUCCCUCUCCAUCGUCUCGAGGCAAUAUCCGACCGUCACCCAGCCCACGGGCACAACCACAGACAAAUACCCAGCAACCAGAACAGCAACUACAGCAACAGUCGCAAAUACAACAGCCACAGUUGCAACAGCAAAUGCAGGACCACCCUGCCUAUCGCCAGGAUCCUGCUCAGCCCUCUGAAGGAGCACUUGCAGGGGUAUCCCAUGGCUCAACUAGGACGGUGGCACCUACAGGUGUUGAGGAUACACAAUCGGCGAACGCGCAUUUGGCGUCUAUGGUUUCUGCUAUGUCCGAAGGAGCAGUGAUUUUAACUGACGAAACGUUUGAUUCGUUUGUUCAGUCCGAACCAUUUGCGUUGGUAUUAUUCUACGCGCCCUGGUGUCACUGGUCCAGAGCAGCCCUCCCCGAGUUUGACGCUGUGGCACGCUUCAUGGCAAAGGUGGCCUCUAGACCGAUUGUGCUGGGAAAGGUGGACUGCGCCGACAACCCAUUGACGCAGAAAAAGGAGCAUAUUAUUGAAUAUCCAAUUAUCAAACUCUACAUAGACGGCAAACCCAAGCAAUAUGUUGGCGGACGCCGGAGGACUCAGAUUUUUGCGUGGCUGAACCACAAUCUACAAAGGGACGAACGACUGGACACUCUACCCCAUUUCGAAGAAUUUAUGCGCAACGGAGCGGAUGGCCACCAGUUGGUGGUUGCUGUAACCACUUCUUCCAAUACGGGUGGCAACGGUAGCGUGGCGGUUGAAAGAAAAACUGGUUUGUCGACUAGAGGAGCGUCUCUGGGAAGCGGACUUCCAUGCACGAGUAUAUAUCUGACCCCGUCUUACGCGUGCUUGCUUAUUUUAGGGGACUCGUCACUGUUUGACCAUGAGACAUUUCGCCACGUGGCGCGCACUUUCUCUGAUGAUGUCCUUUUUGGGGAAAUCCACGAACCUGUUAUCUUCCAGUACUUCCUGCAUCAAUACAUAUUGCCAAAAUCUAAGACAUCUGCAGAGAUGUGGCAGCCGCCGUUCGUGGUGACUGCCCCAUUGGACCCCUCAGAUCCGCCAUUUGUAAAAUAUUUAGGGCAAGGAGAUGACAGGAAAGCGCUGGAGGGGUUUGUUCAUAAAUACAGAUUCCCACAAGUUCUUGCCUUCGAGCCGGAUACUAUUGAGGACAUCUUCGAGGAUGGUCGUUCGAUUUGUAUAUUGCUUUUGGAUGGGGACAGAGCUGCUCGGUCUCUGACAAGGGAGGGACUUGUGGAUCCGGUGGUUGCGGCUUUCCAUCAAGUUGCUGGGGAAUUCAGGCAAAAUCUCAUCUUUACAAUAUCAGGCAAUAAGGAAGCCCAUGAAAGGCGUAUCUUUAGUCUCUUAGGUGUUGAUGACACCAUAACUAGCCCGGAAUUCCGAAUCGCCACCUUUAACCCCAGCGGUAACGGCAAAUACUAUCCAGCAGAAAAAUACAAGCCAUCCACGCCACUGAACAGCCGCUCACAAAGCACAAACAUCAGCGUUGAAAAGGACAACAGCAGUAGCACUACUGACAAGGCGAACAGGCCCGCGUACUCGUUCAGAAAUACAUCCCCCACGCAUAGCCUCAUAGUCAACGCCCUCAGUACCUCUGCCAAAGCACGCAACUCCUUACGCUCAUCAAAAAAGAGUGGCGAGGGGCCCCCUGAAACCCCUCACGGGCUUCGUCAUGAAACGGUCUUUGAUGCACAGCAGAGGCAGGAUCAAGGUGCAGCCGAAGAGUAUAUACGAAACUUUGUUUGGGCGUUUAUUGAGGGCGAUUUGGAGCCGUACACGAAUAGCGAGCCAAUUCCUCCGGUCUCUCAAAACAGCGGCCCUGUAAAGACCUUCGUUGGCCUCAAUUUUCAAAAGGAAGUUUUGGAUUCCCCACACGAUGUCUUCGUCUCCUUUGGGGCUCCUUGGUGCGGCCACUGCCGGAAGUUGGAGCCGGCCUUUAAGCGGGUGGCGAAGAUUGUAAGUAAACGAUCCUCGCUCGUCCUUGGUCGCAUUGACGCUACCCUCAAUGAAAUUGACGGAAUUAAUCUAUCUGAGAAACAUAAACCUCCCUCUAAGUCUUUUGCGGCCGUUUGCUUCAAUUCAUGUGCCGCGUGCUUUCAGUUCUUUAUAGAUCUACCCUUGUAUCUCCUUGAUUCUUGUUUGCUGGGAGUACUGUGCGCAGGGUACCCGACUCUACUGCUCUUUCGAGCUGGGUCAAAGAAUCAACCGCUGAUGUAUGAAGGAGAUAGAAGCGAGUCUGAUAUGCUGUUUUGGCUGGGACGUAAUGCACAACACAGCAAACUUGACGGUCGUCAACUACAGGAGGACCUUGGGCUGCUCCUCACUGAGGAGAGCGGCACACAAUCCGCCCGACGGGCAAAUACAAGCGUUCUAGAAGAACUUUAG